AUUAUGUGGAAGCUUGUCUUAAUAUUGGCAGCACUGCUGCACAUGCUUCCUUCCGUUUCCAGCUACAACUAUUGCCACAACAAGAGCCAUGUCUGUCGCCAACGGAACUUGGAUCAUUUUAUGUGUAACCUCGGCAAUCUACGUCCGCUGGACGGAACUGUCAAGUAUGAGGACAUCAUGCCGGAUGCUCCGAAAUUGCAGGAAAAAAUUUUGGGAUAUUUAAAUCGGUACCGUAACAACGUGGCCGGUGGCAAUAUCCAAAAUGCGAAUAAUAAAUCAUUUCCGAAAGCCGCCCGGAUGCGAGCUCUGGCCUGGGACGAGGAGCUGGGCUACCUGGCUCGCUGUCACGCGAAGACUGUGUCCUUCAUGCACUCCGAAUGCCGGGCCACCACCCGCUUUCCAUAUGCCGGUGAGGUUCUUGGCAUGAUUGGUGUGCAAAACAAACAGUUAUUUCUGUGGGAGAUCAUUAAUUUGACGCUGAAACCAAUGUUUGAAGAGCACAUGCUAGUGGAGGAUCCAGAGGAGUAUGUUAGGAACUACGAUCCCAUCAAGCACUAUGGCGUGGGGCACUUCACCACGCUCAUUAGUGAUCGUGUGUCCCGCGUGGGGUGUGGCAUUGCGGUUGGUUCUAAUUGUUAUCACGGGCCAGAAGUUGGCACGUGCCACUUCCUGACGUGCAUGUUUGACUUUACCAACAUCGCCAAUUCCUUCGUCUAUAAGACCGGUCAUCCAGUUUCCGAGUGCGAUACUUGGCACUCUCAGCGCAGUAAUAAUUAUAAGCACUUAUGUAGGCAUAGUGAAGAUACUGGGUUCGGCUUGGAACACGAUCACUGGAAUUAGUUUUAAAUAGGUUCCUCCAGAAACGGAGAUAUGGAAAGAGAUCUUUUGGUAUACAUAUGUACUCGUACUUUAAUAUAUUUUUGUAUGCUCUGUCCUAAAUGGUUUGUGAGGCACAGGAGGCCAUUGAAUUACUCACAGAACACCAAAUACAAUCCUUACAGUUCG